CGACCUUGGUGUAUAUUUCUCUAUUUCGGUGUUUAGGACACGCCUUUGUCCAGGGUAGGCCUGAGUUUUGUGAAAAGUCUGACGACAGUACAUGGACAAAAUCGUCUGUGGAAUCUGUAGAUAUGUUGACUUAAAUGCACCCUGCACCGCCGCCACGGCUCAGUGCUAUAAUCCUCGUCUCUCAGAGUCAAGUACGAGGGGGAAUCGAGGACCGACAACGUCCUGCUAAUGGGGUGUGACAUUGCAGAAAUUAAUUCUUUCAAGCCGAGAGAGUAUGUGAGUGGUUGUGGAGAGGCGUUAGAGAUCUCAACGCCCCUCCCCCACUCUCCCCCACCCCGCUCAUGUUGCCUGUGUGUGAGCGUCUCCUAGACACGACCAGCAGAUCACCCACACUACUUGCACUCUCUCAAGUUCGGAGACUGCAGUUGGAGUAUGAGCUUAACAGUGCCUGUGCUGGAGGCGAGAUAGAUCGCCGGAGAACCCUUGGUGCUACUGUGUCACCAGGAGACCAACCUGGUUGCAGAGGAGAACCCAUAGACGGGAUCCCGGUCUCGCAACAAGUGUGACUCCUGCACUUCACAGUGUGGUGAUGUCAGUGACAACCUAACAAUACAAUGUGCAGCAGACGACAACACGGUGCAUUAGGCCAGUGCCGGUGAGAGCAGACAGAGUACGUCCCAACAAGCCACAAAUGGACUGUAGGUUGCAAGGAGAAACUUGUCAAGGAUUGUUCUGCCAUCUUGUGUUCUGUCACUGGGUCUGUGUAGUGGCAGCCUAUCUUGAUCACAGGUCCUCUCAUCCCAGAGCGUCACCUGGUCACAGGACGUCCCCUCACCACAUAGCGUCCCCUCAGCUCAGACUGUCACCUCCCGAGAACCCAACAGAAACAUGGAGGCCCCACUUGACUUGAGCGAUCUAGAAUUACGGAAGAGCAUCCUUGCCCGCCAGGACCAGCUUCAGGACUACCGGAAGACAGAAUCUGGCGAGAAUAUGCAAACGCUCCGUCAACAAACCCAUAGUGCGCCACCUGGUGGCCGUCAGAACUUCCGGCGAUUAACUAUUGACAGGUCAAAGACCAUCAGCAGGCUGGGCAAUGCAAGGUCGGGGGUUACGUCAGUUAAUAGGUCACGUGCCUGUACUGCUGGGAAUGGCAAACUAGGUCGACGUUGUGAGAAGACGUCCUAUCGCCCCGUGACAGGUGUGACAUGUGAAAGCCACAACAACGUCCGGACCCAUAUCAACAGGGACAGCGUGGCGACAUUCUGCCUGGACGACGACUACAGCGACUCAGAACCAGACGAGAAGCCUUCGCCAAGGAAGACGUCCUUGGAAGGAGGCGAUGAGAGUCGCCAUGUCUACCUCGCCGCCUGUCGGAAACUAAACAUCGUUCCAUCCUCCUCCUACCUAAGAUGCGUGCGAAGCAAGGUCGUCAAGCUCAACCACCAGGGGCUCACAGUUCGAGCGGUCAAGGCAGUUUGUAUAUCACUUGUGGAACAGCUGACGGUGACGGAGCUCCACCUGGCAAACAACGACAUUGGGGACGCAGGCUUACGUUGUGUAGUCGACAUGCUGCACCACAACUCAAUAAUACACGUGCUGGACGUGUCCAACAAUAAUCUGCGUUCCCCUGGUGCCGCCAUGUUGUCGGGUCUGUUGGCGGAGAACGAUUCCCUCCAAGUUCUAAAGGCUGCCGGCAACCGAUUCAAGGAUGGAGAUGCCGGGCAGCUUGGCGAAGCACUCGCAAAAAAUACAACUUUAAGAAGCCUUGAUUUGAGUCACAACGAGAUUCGAGAUGGCGGCGGCAAGCUAGGCAAAUGUCUCGGGCUCAACUCGACGUUAGAGACGCUGAACCUGAGCUGGAACCACCUGAGAUCGGCGGGUGUGGCGGGGAUGGCUGCUGGAAUCAAGGGGAACACCGUCCUGAGGAGUCUGGACCUGUCCUGGAACGGGCUGGGGACGGAGGGGGCGAGGACCGUUGGCGGGGCCCUCAGGGACAACACGACACUGGAGGAGCUGGCUCUCAACUCGUGUCGUAUUGGGCAGCAGGCACUGGGCGACCUCCUCAAGAAGAUGCAGUCCAACAACACAUUGAACACGCUCAGGCUGAGCAAUAAUCCAAUCACCCACCAGGGGGCGGUGUAUCUCGUGGAGUUUCUCAGAGACCACCCGUCUAUGGAGAUUCACACAGUGGAGAUAUCGGAUGUGGUUGUUUCGGGGGAGUUCUCCAGACUGAUCGACAGUGUGAGGUGUUUCCGGCCGACGUUCCGCGUCGUCCACGGGGACACCCUCAGGGGUGGGGAUGCUGUGUUGAGGGAACUACAGCUACCGAGGAUGAAGGUGCGUGACCCGCUUGUGGUGGUGAUGGAGCAUGUGGAUUCCCAGGAUAUGAGACUGGUGGACCUGUUCACGGCCCACGACUCCGACAACAAAGGUGCCGUUUCCCGCCAGGACUUCAUGAGAGCAAUAAAGGAGGCGGGGGUGAACCUGGAGGAGCGGCAGGUUCAGCGGCUUGUGGACAUGCUUGACAGGGACUGCAGCGGGGAGAUUGACUUCGUGGAUCUGAUCGACAGAGAGAACAAGUACAGGAAACUCCGGGAAGUGCGCGUCACGUCAGGAGUUGGGAGUCGGGGCAUAACCACUGCGACGGCAAGCCAGAGUGUGGCUUCCGACCAACUUAUCCCAGCAGACGCCAAAGAGAAACACAGAAAGUGAUGAGUGAAAUUUAUCAGGAAUAACCUGAUGCACACGACUCAACACAUCCUCAGUUCAGCUAAAGGAAAUAUGUUAGCCGAGUCGAGACAGUGUUGUGGGUAUGGAGACCCCAUAUAGAGGCACAUUACGCCAGUACUUAAACCUGCAGCGAAGUCGGCGACACUGCGUGGUCGUUGUGUGCGGCGGCAUCUACGUGAUGGUCGUGUGGAUGUUGUUGACCGUGUUCCUAUGUACAAGAACGGCGCAUUGAACCACAAGGACUGUCAACGUACAGAGAGCUUGUAGUUAGUACGUGUAGCUGGUUAUAGUUGCAGUCUUCUUGAGAAUAAACAAGCGAUGUUUACGUUUUCUUGGAUAAAGGGGUCAUUCAGGAA